CCCCAGGUGUCCCUGCUGCCCCCCCGCCUGUCCCCGGGGCUCCCGGCCGAGCUGCUCUGCCGCGCCGUCGGCUUCUUCCCGCUGGACGUGGCGAUCCGCUGGGAACGCCGCGCCCGCGGGGACCCGCGCCCGCUGCCGGUGACAUCGGGGACCGCCGCCCCCGGCGGGGACACCUCGGGGACCGCCACCCCCCCUGGGGACACCGCGGGGCCGAGCUGGAGCUCCGGGCACCGGCGCGGCGCCGACGGCACCUUCAGCCGCAGCGCGGGGCUGCGCGUGCCCGCGGGGACGGCGGGGGACAGCUACAGCUGCCUGGUGACACACGCGGCCUGGGACGCGCCACGCCGGGUCACCGUGGAGGUGACA